CUGUGCAGCCGAGACUUCGAUUUGCGGCGGGUGACUUGGCUGGGCUUCGGACCAACCUAAGCGUGCGCGAAGGGUGAGCAUCCUGCCUUCGUGGGAAGCUUAUUUCUGCUUUCCCGUCCUGAGCUGCGUGCUGUGACGGCUCCUCGGCGCUCGACCGCGGCUCAGGCCAACCCCACUGCCUCAGGAGGCUUCUUUUCCCGUUCAUGCAUGGAUUUCCUCCUUUGUUAGCGCGCCCGGUGAAUGAACUAGAAGGGCACUAAUUGGAUUGGGAUUAAAGCAUAGUUGAAAGAAGCACAGAAUGGCAUAUAGAAGAGAUGAAAUGUGGUCUGAGCGGUAUGAAUAUGAAAGAUUACCACGAGAAAGACUUCCUCCACGUCCUGAUGAUGACUACCAUCGAGUAGUCAGCUUUGCAUCCAAGAAACCACCACUUCCAGAAAGACCUGGUGAAGGAGGCUAUAGUAGAUAUGAAUAUAGCCAUGCUCAUGUAGGCUAUAGAGACUAUGGUGAAGGUCGAGGUUUUGCCCACGAACGAAGGAGUGGACUACCACAUAGAAUUGAUGAUCCAGGAUAUAGAUGGUCAAGGGAAGACCAUCCUGAUAGUCGGCCACCUGAUUAUAGGGAUGUCAGAGAUGGCAUACGACGGAAACCUAUAUAUCCUCAUUAUGCAAGAGAUCGCUCCCCACAUAAAAGGGAUUCCCCUUACUUCAGAGAAUCACCGAUUGGCCGGAGAGAAUCUCCUCACAGUAGAUCUGGCUCCAGUGUCAGCAGCAGAAGUUAUUCGCCUGAUAGAAGCAAAGCCUACGCCUUCCAUCAGACCCAGCAUAGCAAAAAAAGAUCUUCAACUCAGACUUUGAAGACUUCACGAGAUGUAUCUCCUUCAGGAGCUACAGCACUGUCACCUACAAAAACUUUGGAGAAAAGCAGCAGAUUAUCAGAAAAGGAGCUUGCAGAGACUGCAACCCGAUGGGCAGCUGAAAAAGCAGAGAAAGUAGAGACAAGCAGUAUACCUGAAAUUUCAGAGUAUGAUGCCACAUCCUCAGACCCAUUAUAUAUAGAACACCAUGAAAAAGCAGGUGCCAGUAUAACUGACAGCAAUGAAUUAUUUGAAGACAACCAUCAUGUUAGUCGCUCAAAGGCAAUUGCUGCAAAGACAAAGGAAAUUGAACAAGUAUAUCGACAGGAUUGUGAAACUUUUGGUGCUGUGGUGAAGAUGCUGAUCGAAAAAGACCCUGCAUUAGAAAAAACCAUUCAGUUUUCUUUGAGACAAAAUUUGCAUGAGAUUGGUGAGCGAUGUGUCGAAGAACUUAAACACUUCAUUGCAGAAUAUGAUUCUGCGAGUCAAGAAUUUGAAGAAACGUAAGAUAAAUUAUGGGUUGCUCAUAUAUAAAGGCUACCUGAUUCAUCGAUGCUAAUGAUCUAUAUUUGUUCAUCUUGCAUUUAAUCUCUUCAUAAAAUUGAAUUAAUUGCAAAACAUACAAUAUUAUUUACUGAGUUGGUUCUGUUUGGAAAAUAUAUUGACUAUACAAAGUUCAAUUCAUGUCAGCCAUAUUUUGAAAAUCCUUAACAAAAAGAGCUGCUCCAAUUAUUGAAACAGGUUGCUAUUUGAGUAUGACCAUUUGGUAAUUUUAUUGAUAUUGAUGAAUGUAUAUAAAAUAGUAACGUGCACCUGUAUUUAUAUAAAAUUUACAUAUGUGUUGCCUUUAAUUAGAGUAGCUAUAUAAAUUUGAUUGGAAACCAUUGUUUGAACAGUUCCAUUAAGCUAGUUGUUUAGCUUAAUAGUUUUGUAAGUUCAAAUAGCCUGUAUAAUUAAACUUGUUCAGAGUUGUAUCAAAAUUUGCAUUUUCUUGAAAACUUUGUACAGUUGUAUAAACAAUAGUUGUCUUUAAUAGUAAUGGAAAAUAUAUAUUCUUAUUCUCUUCUGGAGUUUCUGUAAUUUCCAGUACACUAUGGGAUAUUAUUUUUAGAAAUGGUUCUAGUGAAGGCAACACAAGUGUUUUCAAAAUAUAAGAAUUGUGUAAUUCAUCAUUUCACAAAUAGUACAGUAAUUCAAACAAGAUGAUACUUCCCAUAAUUGUAGGGUAGAAGAGUAAGCAAGCUCAUAAUUGCAAUUCAAUUGCAAUUGCUGAACUUUAUCCAACAUCACUUUGUUAUAUAUUACUGUUACAAUUUGAGACUAGGCUACUUGAAAGGAUUCUUCCCAGAAUUGCACAAGGUUGGUUACAUUCACAUAUCAUACUUGAUAAAAUGAUUGACUGCCACAUGGACAGCAGGAUUAUCUAUUACAGUUCAAGUGUACUUUCCACAUGUAAUAUACAGAACAAUUUUGGUCUUGUAAAUUCAGGUGUUGUUUACCCAUGGUUAGGUGUAAGAUUAUUUAAUCCUAAAGUAACAAAAAGUAAGUUUCCUCUGUUUAAACAGAUGGGUGAUUUGAAGGCAAUACUUCCUGUAUUCAUAAGAAUGGAAAGAAACAUGGUAUAUGUUUGUUGUUUAAACCCAUAAAAAUGGAUAAACAUACAGAUAUGCUUCUGAACACAUCAAUCUGUCCCUCAGUUUGCCUUAGUUAACUAAUGACCAGUGAAAGGGACUGUGAAAGUUUUAACUGAAAGCAGCUAGAACAUACUAUAUUACAUUUCAGUGUUCUGAGCUAUACACAGAAUAUGGAAAUAAACCAAAUUUAUAAAUUAUGUAAACAAAUGCCCCCAGAAAUUGUGGGCGUUUCAUCACUGGAGAUUUUUUAAAAGAGGCUAGACAGUCACUUGUCUGAAACGGUAUAGGUUCUGCUUGAGCAGGGGGCUCAGCUAGAAGGCCUCCAAGGUCCCUUCCAGCUCUAUUCUAUUCUAAUGACAGAAAGCCAGUUAUUAGAAACUGAGUUAAAGAAUUGAUCUCACUAACUAAAUAGAAAUAAAAUUCAGCAAAAGCCAGUAGAAAAUUAUAUCACUUGGAUGCUGAUGGAACUUGAGCCUACUUAAGAUAGGCUCAAUAAACAAAUCCAUAUCAUAUUAAGCAAAGAAGCUACAAAUGUAGAUUUGAACUUUCUACUAAGAUUCUUAGUAGAAAGCAUGGUAUAAUUUUAUUUAGUUGAUCUUAGAAAUAACAUUCUUCUGAUUGUGAAAACAUUCACUUUUUGUUAUUAGAAGAAUAUAUUGGGCGAUUUAUUAAUCUGAGAUCAAAGUAGGGUGAGAUUAAUUUACUCAUCAGAAUCAGCUUUUAUGUACUGCUAUUUAACCAAGCAGGAUAUACCAAUGUAUCCUGUACAAAUCACCUUUUAACAAAGCAAUACAGUAUGUUAUCUGUUUUAGGUUUAGAACCUAGCAUUGAAAUUUAGCUUAAAGUAUAAUGUUUAGCUCAAUUUAUACAUGCCAGUUUUACUUGUUUAAUUUACACAAAGUUUAUUGACCCAUAAAUAAUUAUUUAAUAUUGUGAACCAUAGCUGAAACAUUGUUUACAUAGCUGCACCAUGCAAACAGAGCUUUACUAGCAAAAAUUAAACAUUUCAUUAUAAAUGUAUGAAUAUUUAAUAAAUUCCUGCCUAAACCAAACUGA